CUUAAAGGGGGGGCCGCAACUGCGGCUGGGCGGGAGUCCGGGUGGGCUGCGCUGAGCGAGGGUGGUGCUGGGCAGGGCGGCGGCUGCUCCCUCCCGGCCCCUCGGCCCUGGUCCCGCCUGGGAAGGGAUGCAGGGAAACCCUCGGGCGCUGCGCUCCGAGGCGGGAGACGGCGUCCCCCUCCGCCCCUUGGCUCUUGGCGCCGCAGAGCCCGGCCCAGGCCGCGGAACGGUGAUGCUCGGGCCUGACGGGCGGGCGCGGCCCCCUGCGUCCCGGUCUUCCUAAAGGAAGAGAAGGAGACUGAAUUGGGAUGAUAACAAAAAGUUCUAGAGAUCUAGGUAUUGUGACAUAUAUAUAUAUUUUUAAUUCUUGACAUCUUGGUAGCACUUGACUGUAGACUGACUUUGGACAUGUGGCAAAAUUUCAAAUGAUUUUAAGAAGCCCACAGAGCUAACAGUAGCUCAGAAGAUUUCGUUUCUGGAGUGACAUUGAGCAUGGUGUCCCCAAGCAACCCAUUGACCUGUGAGGGGAAGUUGAUGGUAUUUUCUGGGCUUUGAUAACACGGACUUUUUUUUUUUUUUUUUUGAGACAGUUUUGCUCUUGUUGCCCAAGCUGGAGUACAAUGGUGUGAUCUGGGCUCACUGCAACAUCUGCCUCCCAAGUUCUAGCGAUUCUCCUACCUCAGCCUCCUCAGUAGCUGGGAUUACAGGCGUGCGCCACCAGGCCCAUAUUUUUAGUAGAAACGGGGUUUCACCAUGUUAACCAUGCUGGUCUUGAACUCCUGACCUCAGGUGAUCUGCCUGCCUUGGCCUCCCAAAGUGCUGGGAUUACAGAGGCAUGAGCCACUGUGCCCGACCAACAUGGACUGUCUUAAAUAGACUUGGUUAAUGUCUUUUACACAUGGUAGAGCUGGUUGAGAUAUGAGGCUGUGUUCCCCCCAAAAAAAUGACCUUUAAUCCUUUCUAUAAAGAUGUAGCUGACCUUUAAUCAUCUCAACCCUUCACAAGGCACCAUACAAGCUGAAAAUGUGUGUCUGACAUGCAAGCUCAGUGGGGCAGAGACCUGUGGAUUGCUGUGCCCUGCCCUCCGAACCCGGAUCAUGAAGGUGUUGGGAAGAAGCUUCUUCUGGGUGCUGUUUCCCGUCCUUCCCUGGGCGGUGCAGGCUGUGGAGCACGAGGAGGUGGCGCAGCGGGUGAUCAAACUGCACCGCGGGCGAGGGGUGGCCGCCACACAGAGCCGGCAGUGGGUCCGGGACAGCUGCAGGAAGCUCUCAGGGCUUCUCCGCCAGAAGAAUGCGGUUCUGAACAAACUGAAAAAUGCAAUUGGAGCAGUGGAGAAAGACGUGGGCCUGUCGGAUGAAGAGAAACUGUUUCAGGUGCACACGUUUGAAAUUUUCCAGAAAGAGCUGAAUGAAAGUGAAAAUUCCGUUUUCCAAGCCAUCUACGGACUGCAGAGAGCCCUGCAGGGGGAUUACAGAGAUGUCGUGAACAUGAAGGAGAGCAGCCGGCAGCGCCUGGAGGCCCUGAGAGAGGCUGCAAUAAAGGAAGAAACAGAAUAUAUGGAACUUCUGGCAGCAGAAAAACAUCAAGUUGAAGCCCUUAAAAAUAUGCAACAUCAAAACCAAAGUUUAUCCAUGCUUGACGAGAUUCUUGAAGAUGUAAGAAAGGCAGCAGAUCGUCUGGAGGAAGAGAUAGAGGAACAUGCUUUUGACGACAAUAAAUCAGUCAAGGGGGUCAAUUUUGAGGCAGUUCUGAGGGUGGAGGAAGAAGAGGCCAAUUCUAAGCAAAAUAUAACAAAACGAGAAGUGGAGGACGACUUGGGCCUUAGCAUGCUGAUUGACUCCCAGAACAACCAGUAUAUUUUGACCAAGCCCAGAGAUUCAACCAUCCCACGUGCAGAUCACCACUUUAUAAAGGACAUUGUUACCAUAGGAAUGCUGUCCUUGCCUUGUGGCUGGCUAUGUACAGCCAUAGGAUUGCCUACAAUGUUUGGUUAUAUUAUUUGUGGUGUACUUCUGGGACCUUCAGGACUAAAUAGUAUUAAGUCUAUUGUGCAAGUGGAGACAUUAGGAGAAUUUGGGGUGUUUUUUACUCUUUUUCUUGUUGGCUUAGAAUUUUCUCCAGAAAAGCUAAGAAAGGUGUGGAAGAUUUCCUUACAAGGGCCGUGUUACAUGACACUGUUAAUGAUUGCAUUUGGCUUGCUGUGGGGGCAUCUCUUGCGGAUCAAACCCACGCAGAGCGUCUUCAUUUCCACGUGUCUGUCCUUGUCAAGCACACCCCUCGUGUCCAGGUUCCUCAUGGGCAGUGCUCGGGGUGACAAAGAAGGCGACGUUGACUACAGCACCGUGCUCCUUGGCAUGCUGGUGACGCAGGACGUGCAGCUCGGGCUCUUCAUGGCCGUCAUGCCGACUCUUAUACAGGCGGGCGCCAGUGCAUCUUCUAGCAUUGUCGUGGAAGUUCUCCGAAUCCUGGUUUUGGUUGGUCAGAUUCUUUUUUCGCUAGCGGCGGUUUUUCUUUUAUGUCUUGUUAUAAAGAAGUAUCUCAUUGGACCCUAUUAUCGGAAGCUGCACAUGGAAAGCAAGGGGAACAAAGAAAUCCUGAUCUUGGGAAUAUCUGCCUUUAUCUUCUUAAUGUUAACGGUCACGGAGCUGCUGGAUGUAUCCAUGGAGCUGGGCUGUUUCCUGGCCGGAGCACUCAUCUCCUCUCAGGGCCCCGUGGUCACCGAGAUCGCCACCUCCAUCGAACCCAUCCGCGACUUCCUGGCCAUUGUUUUCUUCGCCUCCAUAGUUUCUCCUGGCGGCGCUAGUCCUGUCUCUCAUUCUGCCGAGGAGCAGCCAGUACAUCAAGUGGAUCGUCUCUGCGGGGCUUGCCCAGGUCAGCGAGUUUUCCUUUGUCCUGGGGAGCCGGGCGCGAAGAGCGGGCGUCAUCUCUCGGGAGGUGUACCUCCUUAUACUGAGUGUGACCACGCUCAGCCUCUUGCUCGCCCCGGUGCUGUGGAGAGCUGCAAUCUCGAGGUGUGUGCCCAGACCAGAGAGACGGUCUAGCCUCUGACAGCACAGAGAUGAUGGACCAUGGAAGGGAAGCGUCUGUGGGGAGUGAGCGCUUAGAUGGCCGGCAGCUGCUCCUUCUGGGAAGCUCAUGCCUUGGCAACAGAACAGCUCUCUAGCAAAGCGUCAGUGCAGUCGUGUUCUCCCGGCUUUUACAGAAUAUUCUUGCCCUAUUUUAGAAUUUUCCAGAGUAGUUUAUUUGCAGUCCGUUGAUUAUGUGCAUUAGACCCGGGACACUGCGUUUUACCAAUAGCCUUGAAGGUGGUGCCUGGAUGUGCCUUUUUUUUUCCCUGAAAUUAUUAUUAAUUUUCUAUUGUGAGUUCAUCAGUUCAUAGUUUUUUUAGUAAAGAAGCAAAAUUAAAAGGCUUUUAAAAAUGUACAACUUCAGAAUUAUAAUCUGUUGGUCAAAUAUUUGUUAUUAAACAUUUCUGUAAUAUGAAGUUGUAAUCCUGGCCGUGAGCUUGGAAGCUUACUUUUGAUUCUUAAAGCCUAUGUUUUCUAAAAUGAGACAAAUAUGGAUGUCUAUUUGCCUUUUAUUGUAACUUUUAAAUGAAAUAAUUUCAUGUCAGUUUCUAUUAGAUAUAUCACUUAAAAUAUUUGAUUUUAAAUCACAAGAAUAUGUAUUCUUUAAUAAAGCUAAUUUAUGAUCAGCAUAUAAUUAAAUUUAUUAAAAUCUGUUUUUAUUAA